UCAUGCUUGUGUUUUGCUUUGGUUUUUUGUUAUUGUUUCGGGUUAGUGGAGCAACUCAGACGGAGAAGGAAAGCAGUCUAUCUUUUCGUGUUUUAGUUUAUUUUUUAAGGAAGCUUAACUUCUCUGUCUGAUAGACAGACGGCUGGUUUCGCCUGUUUUCAGAGGAGCGAGGGCGAUAAAAGGUGCAACCUAGCCUGCCAUUGUUUGUGUAGCCAUGGAGAAGGCUUGGCAGGUGGAGUUUAGAAACGUGGGCUGCAGUUACUUCCCUCAGAGCAGAGUUGAUUGCCACUACACAAUAAGCUCAAAGCACAACUGGGCCAACAGUGACUGGAUAGGGCUCUUCAAGGUGGGAUGGUCAUCAGUGAGGGAGUACCACACCUUUGUUUGGGCGCUGGCCCCAGCAGACUAUCAAGAGGGCACAGAUGUCAACUGCUGUGUGCACUUCCAGGCCUCCUACCUACCCAAACCCAGCGCUCAAGAGUAUGAGUUUGUAUAUGUUGAUGCAAAGGGGGAAGUCUGCUCCUGCAGCUCCAAGUUCACUUUCUGUGCUCCAAAACCACUUGAGGAUCUGGUGACCCUUGAAGAGGAGCUUCAUGGAGAGGAAGAAGGCACAGACAUGUUGCUGGUGGUGCCAAGGGCUGAACUGCUGCAGAGUAGACUGCAGGAAUGUUUGCGAGAGCGUGCUGAGCUCCUGCAGGUGCAGGAGGCAACAAACAGGCAGAUGGAGAAAGACAAGGAGGAGUACAGGAGGGCAAGGGAGGCCUGGGACAGACGACGCAAAGAGCUGGAAAGCAAUAUCAUCAAGCUGCAGGAGGAGCUGCAGAGAAGUCGAGAGAAAAUCGAGGAGAUGGGCAGGAAGCACAAGGAGGAGCAGGCUUUAGGAGAAUCACUAGCCCAAGAGAAAAGCACUUUACUGGAUGCGAGGGAGGAGAGCAAAGUGCGAAUCAGAGAGCUGGAGGAGGAUAUCAAAACCCUGACACAGAGGGCUGUGGAAAAAGAGACAGAGUUGGAAAGGACGAAGGAGAAAGCAAAGAGGGCUACAGCUCAGAGGAAAGACGAGGAGAGUGAGAGAAAAAGCCUGCAGACCAAACUAGAACAGACAGAGAGCGAGCUAAAGAGUCUGUCCAAGGAGUUUCAAGGCCUGAGGACUUCCCUGGCCCAGAGAGACACUAGUGUCCUGCAGCUCCAAAGCACAAUCACCACCCUUACUCAGAAACUCACCACCGCCCACAGGAAAGAGGCUGAGAGCGAGGCAGCUCUGAAGGAGAUGCGUAGCCUGCGAGAACGCCUGAAUGCCAGCGAGCGUGCUGCAGAGGGCUUAAAGAGUGAUCUCAGUGCCAUGGUAGCCCAGAGGGAUCACGGGCAGGCUGAACUGCAUCAGGCUCGUCUGCAGGCAGCCCAGCUCACCCUGCAGCUGGCAGAUUCAAGCCUGGCGCUGAGAGAGGGAAGAGCCCGCUGGAGCCAGGAGAGGCAGAGUCUGCAGCGCUCUGCUGAGAAGGACCAAGAGCGUGUGGAGAAACUGAACACAGAAAUGCAGAAGAUGGAGGAGAGACUGCAGGAGGAGACAAUGGAGAAAGUGAAGCUGGAGGUGGAGCUAGGGAGGGAACAAGAUUGCAACAGGGUUCAGCUGAGUGAAACCCGCAGAGAGCUGCAGGAGCUGAAGGCCAGUCUGAGGGUCGCACAGAAAGAGAAAGAGCAGCUACAUGCAGAGAAACAGGAGUUGAUGGAGUACAUCUGUCAGCUGGAGAAGAAGAUGGGAACAGUGGCCGGUGCCAAGUGGAGCACUGCCCCGCCCGCCUCUACAGGGCGGCCCGGAAGCGUGUUAUCUGACUCUGAAGAUGAGAACCCAGAAGCUCUGCAGCCCCUUCACCCGCCCAGACCUCUGGGACAUUACAGCCUGUGUGAGCAGAGCGAGCCGGACUCCCUGCUUCUUGCCACCCCUCCUCCCUCCCCCAGAGAGACAGAGAAGAGCGCCGUUGUCAUCAACCAGCCAGCCCCACUUUCCUCGCCACACCAGGCCGGCUCUGACACUCCGGCUCACAGCUCUGAUUCGGAGGAAGAAUCUGAUCCUCUUCAGCGUGGAAGGCACAGCUCCGGAGAUGAAACAGCACUUUUGCUGCCUGAGCACACAGAUGCUGUUCUCAGUGAUCUAGCCGACACAUCACUAUGGUAACCAGUGGACAUCCAGCCACAGCCUCAGCGAGUGAUCAAAGAGAGGAAGAAGGAGGAGGAGGACUUUCUUGGAGCUUCCAUGUUGUUUCCUCUAAAAGCACAUAAUCUCACACAGACAAGAUGUUAAUAUGCAAUUUAUCUUUCUAUGCUUUCUGCUGUGGACUUUCCCUCUUAGACUGUUUUGUUCUUAGAUAACAUAAUGCUUGUGGUGGCAGGUCAACACCGCGUUUACAGCCAAACAUAAGACUGUUGCACAGUUUUAGGUUCAGGCUGUGUUGGUUUGAGAGUUUGCAGGCUGUAGCUGUGUGAUUCCUGUUGAAUCAUUGCAACGUUGAGAGCUUUACGACUGAUGUUAUGUCGCUUUUAUGACAUUUGUGAUUAGGAGUCAUGACAGGCACUGUAAUUAUGAUGUUUUGUGCAGGGGCACAGGCUCCACUGGAAAUCAUAGCAAAAAGUGUCCUGCAGCUUUAAAUCCGCAGCAGCAGCUUUGGAACACUAUUCAUGACAGCGUAAAUGAUACGGCAUCAUAGAUAGAGUUAUAUUGCAGCAGUAUAGGUCUAUGACAUCAUAUUUCUUCUCCAUUUACUCAGAAGUAAGAUUUGAUAUGCACUUUGUCGUACGCAUUAGCGUUUGAUUGUCGUCGUGCGGAUGCAGUUUAGCAGAGGCGUUUUAAAAUGGACAAGCAUUGGAACUAGAGAGCUUAUUGAACAGAUUGUUUUUAAAGUCUAUUAAGAUAGAUGCCAGAUGCAACUUUCUACUUCACUAACUUCAUAUCAUCAUUAUUAUAAAAUAAUGCUCAUAAGCCUUUCACUAUAGCUCAGCUGCAGUUUUUACUCCCUUAUGAUCUGGGAUUUUUCAAAGCUAUUGAAAUGAUGCUAAUUUACAAGAUAGUUUGGAUAUUUAGUGUUUUUAUUGUACAGAAAUCUUAUCUCACAUCCACACAGCUCUAAAUUUGUGCCUAAAAUAAUUAAAUAAGUAAGAGAAUUAUCUUUAUAGUUCCUGAUAUGUUUUCCCCUUUAGCCCUUUUGGCAAUAUACUGCCUAAUAAAAAUUGCUGCCUACCUUUAAAUCAAUACUGUAUGCAUUUUUCACGAUUUUCUAUUUAUAAUUAACUUGAGUUAUGCUGCAACCAGACUUUAUUCAGGUUUUUAGUUUGUUGUUUUUCACACAGUGUGACAAAACCUCCCAUGCUUGGCUCAGAUGAUAUGCUAGACACUUUGCUUGUUUUUAUCUGCUGUAUUUGCACCCUAUUUUUGCUAGAGAAGAGUUUUUAGAUGAAAAGUUGCUAUAACAGUUUGUAAGUCGUGUGUCCUAUCAUUAUAAUCAUUACCAUGGUGUGUUGUGUUUACGCUAUGUAAUCUGUUAUGUUUUCACCAUAAGUUUUCUAAUACUUUUACUCUUUUAAGGUUUGUAUUUGGAAGGGAAUGGCACCUAGAGGAGGAUUGAAAGUAAAGAGAGGAGUACCAACCUCCCAUUUUUACCUUGUAUUUCCGGGUUUUGUGGUAAUGCAGUAUAUGUCUCCUCAUAUAGACGUAGGAAUGUUUAACGGGCGCCUGGUAAUCUUUCCUAGAGGAUAGCACACUACAUGUAUUCUCUUCGUUUGUAGUUAUAAUCUGACUUUAUGUCUUGAGGAAGAUUUUUUUUUUGUCGUCCCACUGAGAGCUUCAGGAUACUGUCUCCCAUUGCAAUAAAACUCCAGUGGUUAUGGUUUGUUUUUAAGUUUUGUGUGUGAAGGUUACCCCACAUGUAUUUUCUUAUCUGUCAUGUAACAGGGGGGUUUGGGCGGGGUUCUGUAUAAUA